CAGACACCCAGUCAUUCGGUCACGACGCGCGAUCACGGCAUGUCGUCGGUACGCCGCGUGCACGGGACAGCCGCAGUUGUUGUUGCGUUCGUAGUUUUUCGGUUAUCGCGUUUGUAUAAUAUUUGUAAUAACAAACGAUUAUAAAUAUUAAUGUAGUGCGCGUUUCGUCAUAAAACGAUAUUUAAAUAUUCGAUUCGAAUAUCACCAUAUUUCAGUAUUUCGUUCCACAGACGGUCGUUGGCUACAGUUUCGCGGUAAAUAAAAAAAUAAUAUUAUUUUUAAUUAGGUCGAAAAGAUGUAUUUCAUUCUAACCGCCAAAAGUCUACUGUGGGCCACGUUGAGCGUGGUGUCCACCAUUACUCUAUUCACGGCCAUUUACUCGCCGAAAUGGCUCAUCGGACCUACUGAUUACAACUGUCUAUCGAGCAAAUCGUUGUCCGCUGAAACGAACAACACCGUGGACUCGCCGUACUACGAAGUGCGCUGCCGUCCGUCCGUGGGCAUUUACUACCGGUGUAAAAAAAUCAACGGUAACCAGCACUGUGGUUCGUUCGCUGUCGAAGGACUGGCUACGGAUUCGACGAUGUUCCCGUUCGUAUGGAAGGUCGGCCUGGUGUUAAUGUCCGCUGGCGUUUUCGUCAGUUUUUUAAUGGCUGCUUUGGCCGUGGUCAGCUUUUGCAAACAAUCGAUAAGCAAGAAAAGCGUGUUUGGGAUAGCUGGUUCUGGGCAAGGACUCGCCGUUUUACUCUAUUUGAUCGGUGUUAUUUGUUUCGCCGCUGGUUGGGGUUCGGAACGCGUGGUGAUGCUGUGUGGAACUCAAUCCGUGCCUUUUGUCUCUGCGGAUUGCACGAAUGGAUCAGGUUUGUACACUGCAGCUUUUGGUAUUGUUCUCACUUUCGCCACUGCCAUGUUGUCGGGACCAGCGGACCGGGCAACGUCUAGCGACAAAGUAGCACUUCAACUCGAACAAGGAGAAAAUAUUGUCUUUUUAUUAUAAUGUUAUUUUAUAAAUGUUUAUUUUGUACUUUGUGCACAUGUACAUAAUAAUAUUUUAAUUAUAAUACGUACUUUAUAAUUAUAUCUACUUAAUUGCUUUUGUUACGUAAAAUCUUAUACCUAUAUCGUGUAAUGAUAAAUAUUUAUAAGCGAUACUGUAUUUUUAUUUUUUCAUAUUUAUAAAAAUAAUUGUGUACACAUUUUCAAUGUGCUUUACAAUAUAUUUUUUAUUAAAUUGUGUCGUUUUAAUAUAUUUAAUAAUUUAUAUAA